UUCACGCGCAGGUUGUGCGCAGCGCGCUCCCGUCUCACCUGCUGGUGCGCGAGCCCGAUGAUUAGACCGCUGCGUCUAAUCAAGGAGUUCAAAAGACGCCGCCGCAGCGCAGACUGGAAGAAGGUUUACUAUCCUGGACGAUAACCCAGAGUUGUGCCAAAAACAAAGUACCAGAACCAAAAGCUGAACGGACAGCCGGUUUUGGAAGUAUUGGUGACACUCAGCAGAUGACAACUUGAAACGUCUGAAUCACAAGUGAGAAGAAAAUAUGAAGACGUCACUAUUGAACAUGUUAUCCAUCCUUGUCAGCUUCACAGUCCAUAGUCCUUGCCAAACUGAUUGCAACAAACCGGUUGCACUUGAGUGGCACACUGACCAGCAAACUAUCCAAGUCAACUGGACACUCGUGGAUAACAUUUGUGGCACCACUGAAGAUUGUGUGGGACUUCAGUUCUCUCAGAUUUGCCCACUUCAACUGCAACAUGGCGACAGGCUGUUGAUGGAUGCCGAUGAAAGUCUAAAGUCGUACGGGAUCCAACUACUCAACGUCUCUAAGGACAACUUCGAGAGCUGUUCAACAAACGGGUUGACUGAAGACCAGUUUGUUUUCCCUCAUCACAUAAAUAGAAGCGAACAAAUGGACAGCAAGUGGCUCAAAGCUGGUCAACAAUACUUCAUAGCUCUGCAUGACAAAGACAGUCAGCUGUGUAAACUCGGUUUAAGACUCAACGUGACGUUGAAGACCCAGGAUUGUCAGUCCUCCGCUCUGGUUCCACUUUGCUCCGGGAAUGGUGUUUGUCAAACGGACCAAUGGGAACGGGCUUACUACUGUCGAUGUCAUCACCGAUAUUCUGGGAAGUUUUGCGAAAAAUGGGACGCCUGUUUGGACAACCCCUGUAAAAACAACGGGGUCUGCUUGAGUAGCGGAUCUUCAGAUCCACACCGGAGAAUGUAUACAUGUCUGUGCCCUCCACAUUUCACAGGAACAAACUGCUCUGAAGUCAUUGGAAAGGAAAACUGCAAGAGGAUGUGCACCGACGGGACGUGCGUUCAAGUGUCAUCGACCUCCUUCAAAUGCUUUUGUGGUGCCGAAUUCUCAGGCUCGCCUUGUGAGAGAAAACCCACUUGUGAUCUAAAUCCAUGCAGAAACGGAGGCAUAUGUGAGGAGACUCCCAAAGGUCCGGUCUGUCAUUGUCCUGAAAGCUUCGGGGGCCUUUACUGCGAUCUGAGAGCUGCCCUUGAUUGCAUGUCAAACGCAUGUCGUGAAGAACACAUUUGCGGCGCAGGAGAGCAUGCUCUCGAAUGUGUGUGUGCAGAUGGUAAAGUGGACCCAGCAUGCAACACGACACCGGAACUUGGAACCCGGAACGCGUGCAGCCCAUCACCCUGCCUCAACAAUGCCACCUGUGUGUCCAGGGGAGGUGAUUAUGCGUGCAGAUGCCUGCGGGCGUUUUCCGGGAAGAAUUGUGAAGAAGUAAUUGACUACUGCCGGCUGCUCAAUAUCAACUGCCUAAAUGAGGGAUUGUGUUUGAGUGUAAUUGGCGGAUAUCAGUGUAACUGUACCCCUGGAUGGAUGGGAGAGUUUUGUCAAUACGUGAGCGAUGCCUGCCUGAUAAAACCCAACAGAUGUUUGAACGGCGCCACAUGCAUUACAACCAGUCAGCCGCAGUCCCCUCCGCAAUACACGUGCAGGUGUGCAAAUGGAUUCACAGGAGCUCAGUGCCAGACGGAGAUCAACGAGUGUCUCUCCAACCCCUGCCGGCACAAUGGCACAUGCUUUGACUCGCUUGGACACUACAGGUGCCAAUGUCCCACAGGUUUUCUAGGUCAAAACUGCGAAGUGGACAUAGAUGCUUGUCAACUGUCCAACAACUCAUGCCCUCCAAAGACUGAAUGUUUGGAUCUUUCCCACGGUGUAAGUUAUACCUGCAGGGUGCCUUGCUCCCCAAGCCUUCAGCAGCCAUGUGCCAACGGAGGGCGAUGUGUGUUGAACAGCGCCAACAGCUACACUUGUAUCUGCACACCAGGCUGGUCGGGCCAUAACUGUCGCACCAAUGUCAAUGACUGCGUUCAACAUUGGUGUCAAAACGGCGCUAGCUGUGUAGAUGAGAUUGAUGGUUACAGCUGUCAUUGUCCCAUGGGAUUCUCCGGCUCCUUCUGUGAAGAAGACAUAGACUUCUGUGUGGGUCAUGGCUGCUCUAAGCAUGGUGUUUGCGUGGACCAGCGGUUGAACUUCACCUGCCAGUGCGCGCUCGGGUUUGAAGGGGCGCUGUGUGAAACGGAAACCGAUGAAUGCGGCAGCUUCCCCUGUGCAAACGAGGCCACGUGCGAGGAUCUUGUCGGUGAUUAUCGCUGCCAUUGUUCCCCAGGUUUUGAAGGAAGGUACUGCCGUGAAAAUGUGAAUGAUUGUUGGUCGCUGCCUUGUCUCAAUGGCGGCUCAUGUAUGGAUCUGACAAACGACUACAUUUGUCAUUGUCCUCUUGGGUUCAAGGGAAAGGACUGCUCCAUAGAUAUUGACCUUUGCUCCUUUGGGAUGUGCAGUGAACAUACGAUGAUGUGCACAGAAACCAAGGAUGGCCACAACGUAUCCUGCACAUGUGAACGAGGUUUUGGAGGGUCUUUGUGUGAAGUAAACAUCAACGAGUGCGAGUCACAGCCGUGCCAAAACGAUGGUGUGUGCGUGGAUGGCAGUGACCUGUAUCACUGCUUUUGCUCAGAGGGGUUCGGAGGGUCGAACUGCGAAAUCAAUCAUGAUGAAUGUGUUCAUGGGUACUGCGCCAAUAAUUCCACAUGUAUUGACUUGGUUGCAGACUAUGAGUGCAUCUGUCCUUUGGGCUUUGCUGGUAAAAACUGCUCAACAGCUCUCUCAGCAUGUGCCGUUGAUGUGGACGUCUGCAAAAAUGGAGGAACCUGUUUCCACAACUUAUCCGGAGAGAUACAGUGUGUUUGCCCACCAGGAUUCCGUGGCAGUGACUGCUCUUCAUCUCUGAACCAAUGUACGUCCAAUCCCUGUGACCUCGAGGGCGCCAUCCGCUGCGAAGCUUUUGCAAACACUUACACAUGUGUUUGUCAACAUGGCUACACCGGGCCACGCUGCGGAACAGCCAUGUACCACCACUGUGUCGAAGGCCUGUGUCAACACGGAUCAACAUGCGUGGAUCUGUGGAGAGGCUUCAAGUGUGAUUGUUUACCAGGUUCCACAGGUCGCUUUUGUGAGCAAAACAUUGAUAACUGCGAGGGAAAUCCGUGUGGCGUCCAGAGUGUUUGUGAAAACACCCUCAGUGGCUACAUUUGCUUCUGUGCGCCUGGAUUCAUUGGUGAUAACUGUGAGAUGGAAGUAAAUGAAUGUCUCAGCGAGCCUUGUAGAAGUGGUGGCUUCUGUGAGGAUCAUGUCAGUUCCUUCCGCUGCUUGUGCCCUCUUGGAUUCACAGGGACCCAGUGUGAACUUCAAAUUGAUGAGUGCGCUUCAUCACCUUGCAAGAAUGGUGCCACAUGCUUUGACCAACCUGGUAAUUACUUCUGCCAAUGUGUGGCUCCAUUUAAAGGUCCGAAUUGUGACUUUUUACCCUGUGAGGCCAGUAAUCCCUGCGAGAACGAGGCACUAUGUGUGGAAGAGUUGGACAAGGACCAUUACCCUUUGGGCUUUCGCUGUCGGUGCCGCCGAGGAUUCACAGGUCCUCGCUGUGAAAUCAACUUGGACGAGUGCAGCUCCAGCCCGUGUAUCAAUGGCUUCUGCUAUGAUGUUGUAGACGGCUUUUAUUGCCUCUGCAAUCCUGGUUAUGCUGGGCUGCGAUGUGACAAAGACACUGAUGACUGCGUGAACAAUCUGUGCAGCAGCAACUCAAUAUGCAAAGACCGCCAUCUGAGUUAUGAGUGUGUAUGUCACUCCGGAUGGGAGGGAGAGUACUGUCAACAAGAAAUUGAUGAAUGUUUGUCACAGCCUUGCAAAAACAACGCCCCUUGCACAGACCUCCUCGGCGGUUACAAGUGUUUGUGCUCCCCGGGCUGGACAGGUGUGGAUUGUGCUGAGAAAUUGAGAGACUGUGAAUCCAGGCCUUGUCUAAAUGGAGGUCAGUGUCAGGAGUCCCAUGUACCCGGGGAAUUCUUCUGCACCUGCCCCCCCUUUCUGAGUGGCCCCUUGUGCAACCAGCCUUAUGACCCAUGUGACCCCAUCUACAACCCCUGCCUGCACAACUCCACCUGUUCGACACGCUCCGAUGGAACGCCUUACUGCACAUGCCCAGAUGGAUCUGAAGGAAGCCGGUGCAAAAGUGGCACCGGUGAGUGUGGCUCCAACCCUUGCCGAAACCACGGCACCUGUGUGGACCAGGUCAAAGGUUACAGCUGCGAUUGUAAGAUGGGCUUUUCCGGCCAUGUCUGUGAAGAAGACAUCAAUGAGUGCUCCUCACAGCCCUGCCUCAAUGGCGGCACUUGUCAAGACCUUGUGAACGGGUUUUUCUGCACGUGUCCUGCUGGUUAUAUUGGAACACUGUGUGACCUGACAGGGAACGAUUUUUGUCAAGUUUCACCUUGCCUACAAGAGGGCACCUGUAUCAACAAGCCGACGGGCUUCGAAUGCGUCUGUCGCCGGGGAUACUCAGGGGCACGGUGUGAAGUUAACAUCGACGAGUGCAUUUCAGAGCCGUGCCAAAAUGGUGGGAGAUGUAUCGACGCAGCCGAUCGAUACCGGUGCGUGUGCCCCGCCGGCUUCUUUGGCCCCAGCUGUGAGAGCAACAUUGACGAAUGCUUGUCGGCGCCCUGUUUCCACGGGAGCUGUCAUGAUGGGAUCGCUACCUACUUGUGUCUUUGUGAAGCGGGAUGGUCUGGCAGCAGAUGUGAAGCAAACAUCGAUGACUGUGUCUCUGAUCCAUGUUUGAACGGAGGCUCUUGUGUGGAUCAAAUUGACAGAUAUUCCUGUCUUUGUCGGGAUGGUUACACGGGCAAAGCCUGCCAGUAUGACAUUGACGUUUGCGAUGAGGUUGGACAUAUUUGUUCUCACGGCGCUACAUGCAUUGACGGCAAAGGAUCAAACUUCACUUGCAGCUGUCCCGCAGGUUUCACGGGGGAUUUCUGUGAAGUGGAAGUUAGCGAGUGUGCAUCAUCUCCCUGCCAUAACAAUGCUAUUUGCCAAGAUGGUAUUAAUAGCUACGUCUGCCACUGCGGGUCAGGUUGGACAGGCCUUCACUGUGAGGCUGACAUUAAUGAGUGCCUUCCACAGCCCUGCAACCAGGGGAUAUGCGUCCAGAAUGAUCCCGGCUACGGCUACACCUGUUUCUGUCGUCCUGGAUUCGUGGGGAGGAACUGUGAGCACAACUACGAUGAUUGCCUCUUAAAUCCAUGUCCAGAAGCAUAUUCCUGCAUAGAUGGCAUCAACAAGGUCACCUGCCUCCCUCCAACUACAGAUGCCGUUCCCUUGGAGACUGCACUCAAGAACAUCACUGGCGGCUUCACACCUCGUGUGCAAACGCCAACACUCAGUCCCACGCCGGCAGCUGAGCAAUCCACAGAUGCAUACAUCCACUACUUUGGGGAUUCCUAUUUGGAGUUUGAAGGGAUUGAGCUGAGCAUCGUCAACAACAUCACCGUGCGAUUUCAGACUCAAGCAGACCAUGGAACUAUCGUUUAUGUGGGUCAAGGACCAGCGAAAAGGAAUGCAUUCUUCAUGGAACUCUUUGUCAUGGAUGGGCUGCUGCAGUUUGUUUUUUCCUGCAAUGAGGAAGAAGAUGUUUCAUGGAUGGACACACAAAUGAAAGUCCACGACAGCAAAGUGCACAUCGUCAACAUCAGACUACGCAUGGCCCCUUGUGGGGCUGAGAUCACUCUUUCCGGCCAUGACAGAAUCAAAAGUGCUGUGCGCAAUAACUGGCAAGGACACAAAAUAAGAAGAACAAACCACAUCUUUGUAGGCGGUCGACCACAACAGUACUCCACCAAUCAGAGUAAACAACCUUUCCACAACUUUACUGGCUGCAUUGAAAUUACUGAAUUUAAUGAAGUCAGGAGUUUUCACACAUCGGAUGCCAUUGCUGGCGGCAACACAGAACCAUGCAGUUUAAACACAACGUCUCCUCCCACACAUGAAGCUUGCGGUGAUGGCGUUUGCCUCAAUGGUGGAACGUGUCGUGACUUGCAAAAACCUGGUAGAUCAACAUCUUCCUGUCACUGCCCGCUCCAUUUUUCUGGAACUUUUUGUGAAAAGGAUAUCAAAGUAUACAUCCCGUCAUUCGAUGGUUCGUCGUAUUUGGAGCUGCAGUCCCCAGCAUCCAUCCUCCAGUCCUCUGACGCCAGCAAUAAUGUAACCUCUGGUGUCAAGGACACCGCCGUUACUCUCCAUUUGACUAUGAAAACUUGGUCUAUACAGGGCACCAUCCUUUACACUCGGGAGCAGAGCUUGGAUGGUGCUUUCCUUCACGUGUUUCUUCAAGACGGACGUCUCGUUGCUGAGCUUAAAUGCAACCCUGAACGUGUCCUGCAUGUGACGGCCGCCCAGACCGUCAACAAUAACCAAUGGACACCAAUUAUGAUCCGAUACAAUCUGCCCGCCGGCAAACAAGCAGAGUCAUGUAUGAUUGAAAUUGCAGUAGAUAAUGGCCCGGCUCAGCAUCUCCAGGAGUCCGUGUCACAGACUGUGUCAAAGAGAACAUUUGGGCCUAUUUUUCUUGGCGAAGUUUCCUCCCCCUGGGAUCUGCAUGAAGAGCUUGCAAAAAGUCACAGGAGAUUUAUUGGAUGUAUCAGGCAACUUCGGGUCAACUCAAAGGAGAUAUUCCUGGUGGGGGAUGCUGUGAGAGGGAGGAACAUCCAGAACUGUGACCCGCCAGUUUGUCAGCACCUGCCCUGUCGGAAUGGAGGAACUUGCAUCAGUGAGGCAGAUCACUGGUUCUGCGAGUGCCCCUCACUUUACACCGGCCCCCUGUGCCAGUUCACGGCCUGCCAGAGUAACCCCUGCAGCCAUGGCGCCACAUGCAUCCCAAAGUCGCCACAGGAGGCAGUGUGUCUCUGUCCUUAUGGAAGACAAGGCCUACUGUGUGACGAAGCCGUCAACAUCACCCGAGCCAGAUUCAGCGGAACUGACGAGUUUGGCUACACGUCUUUUGUGGCCUAUUCCAAUAUCCCCAGUCUCAGUUUCUACUACGAGUUCCAGCUCAAGUUCACGCUGGUCAAUAGGUCGUCUGCCGUGAAAGACAACCUGAUCCUGUUCUCUGGACGGAAAGGACAAGGCACGGAUGGUGACGACUUCCUGGUUCUGGGGUUACGGAAAGGGAGAGUUCUGCAUAAAUUCAACCUUGGAUCAGGCAUAGCAACCAUAGUGUCGGACCGACUGAACCUGCAACUGGAUGUCCACACGGUCACAUUCGGAAGGUCCAACAAAACAGGAUGGCUGAAGGUUGAUGGACAAAGAAUCAGAACAGGCUCGUCUCCAGGACCUCUGCGAAGCCUCCAUGUUGUCAAGCAACUCUUUGUGGGCGGAUACAAUGAGUACAGCGCUGAACUGCUGCCAUUCGGCUCCAGGUUCCGUCAAAGCUUUCAGGGAUGCAUUUUGGAUGUGCACUUUCGAACAAGAAGAAAUGGAACAUUCCAAACUGUGGGCCAUCCAGCCUAUGGGAGAAGUGUGGGCCAGUGUGGUCUCGACCCUUGUGUUCAUGUCCAGUGCAGGAAUGGAGGGACAUGCAUGGACUCCGGUUCGUCCGUGUAUUGCCAGUGCCCUUUUGGAUUGAAAGGAGCGCUCUGCUCGGAGAAGGUGUGGGUGUGCGAUGCAGCGCACAUUCCCCCGCCUCUGUGCGCCCACGGCUCCACCUGCAUCCCUCUUCCCAAUGGAUAUACCUGUCAGUGUCCCCUGGGCACGGCGGGACUCCACUGCGAGAAAGCUGUGAGCAUCAGCGAUCCAUCCUUCAGUGCAGAACAGUCCUCGUGGAUGUCCUUCCCUCCAAUGAAUGUCAGGCACAGGACUGUGUUGCAGCUGCAGUUCCAGCCUUUGUCACCUGGGGGCGUCCUUGUUUAUAUAGCUCAGCGUCUUGGGGAGAGAGCUGGGGACUUCAUCUGCCUGUCUUUGACGUCCAAUGUGGUGCAGCUGAGGUACAAUCUCGGAGACGCUACCCACGUCCUUCGAAGCGUUAACAGAGUAGACCUGCACGCUAGAACCUGGCACACCGUCACGGCAGGUCGGAUCGGUCGGCGCGGAUUCCUAACCCUGGAUGGCGAGGAGGUGACGCACGAUGCCACGGAGAAGAUGAGCUCCCUGGACGUCACCACCGACGUCUUCGUCGGCGGCGUCCCCGCUCUGAUACCCGCAGACGCCACGGGAGGAGAACCGCCGGGGUUCGUCGGCGGAAUACGGGAAGUGAUCCUGAACGGGCUGGAGCUGGAGUUGACGGAGAGAGGAGCUCUCAGCGGGGCGAAUGUCGGCGACUGGGACGGGGGCGCCUGCGGAUACAAAGUGUGCAAGAACGGAGGUCGAUGCAGCUCGACGGGAAAUGACGCCGUCACGUGCGAGUGUCCGUCGCCGUGGACCGGCCCGCUUUGUGACCAGUCGCUCAGCUGCGUCAACAACAUCUGCGGGCAAGGCGCCGUUUGUGCACCGGUCGGCGUCGCUUCCUAUCGCUGCAUUUGCCCCCUAGGGUGGGGAGGGAGGUACUGCACCAGAGAGGUAAACACUGGUACUUUGAAGUUCGUGGGACAGUCGCAUGUGAAAUACCGGGAUGGAAAGUACAACAGGAGACAUUUGAGAUACACUCGGGUGUCGUUCAGCUUCCGUGCGGACACGACUGACUGUCUGAUCAUGUGGUUAGGAAAGGCGGGACAUGAGGACGAUGAUUUCCUGGCUGUCGGGCUUGAGAAAGGACGACUUAAAGUGGCCGUUAAUCUCGGCGAGAACGUUUCGAUCGUUUCUCUGUCUGCCAGUCCGACAUUGUGCUGCCACACGUGGCACCACGUCUCCUUUGUGGUCAACUCUACUGUCAUCCAAGCGGACUUAAACCACACAAGGAUUCUAAGCGAGGACGUGGAGCCACUCGGACGAUACGUAGCCUUGAACUAUGGCGGACUGUUGUACUUUGGAGGAUUCGAACUGCACACCGACAUAUCAGUCCUGACGUGGAGGUUGUUUUCGAGGGGCUUCCAGGGAAGUCUUCGAAACGUUUCCUUUUUUGACGAGCCACUCCGGUUCUUAGAAAGCAGCGAAGGCUUUAAUGUGUUUGAUGGAAAUGAGUCGUAGUUUGUCGUGUGCAGUGUUCCGCUGUUUUACCAAGGUUCUGUUAGAACCCCAAAUUCAAUAUGUAUGCGGAACAAACUGAACUUUUUAGUUUCUUUCUUUGGCUUUUCUGUGGAUCUUGUGAUGCCAACAUAGUGUUGAAGGAUGCUGAUAUGUUUAAGAGUUAUUCCGUUUUACAUAGCCAUGUCUAGAGUAGAUAGUACUUUUCAUCAUCAUCAUCAUCAUCUUCCGCUUAUCCGAGGUCGGGUCGCGGGGGCAACAGCCUAAGCAGGGAAACCCAAACUUCCCUCUCCCCAGCCACUUCGUCUAGCUCUUCCCGGGGGAUCCCGAGGCGUUCCCAGGCCAGCCGGGAGACAUAGUCUUCCCAACGUGUCCUGGGUCUUCCCCGUGGCCUCCUACCGGUUGGACGUGCCCUAAACACCUCCCUAGGGAGGCGUUCGGGUGGCAUCCUGACCAGAUGCCCGAACCACCUCAUCUGGCUCCUCUCGAUGUGAAGGAGCAGCGGCUUUACUUUGAGUUCCUCCCGGAUGGCAGAGCUUCUCACCCUAUCUCUAAGGGAGAGCCCCGCCACACGGCGGAGGAAACUCAUUUCGGCCGCUUGUACCCGUGAUCUUAUCCUUUCGGUCAUGACCCAAAGCUCAUGACCAUAGGUGAGGAUGGGAACGUAGAUCGACCGGUAAAUUGAGAGCUUUGCCUUCCGGCUCAGCUCCUUCUUCACCACAACGGACCGGU